UAAUCAACCAAAUAUAUUAGUCAAAACUAACUAUUCAUUUAACUUUAACUUUCUCCAAAAAAGCAUCCAAAAUGGUGUUCUAGAAAAGCAUAUUCCACCACCGCCCACCACCACCCACCUUCUUCACUUCCCCCCACAUUUCCGCCGUUCACCGGGAAAAAUGUCUCUUCCAACUCUCUCUCUCCUCCUCCUCUUUCUUUUCACUCCUCACUCUAUGGCCUUCCCUUUUCCUCACCGUAAACCCGAGAUUAAAUCACCCGUUAAAACCGUGGUCGUUUUAGUCAUGGAAAAUCGCUCUUUCGACCAUAUUUUAGGAUGGCUUAAAUCAACCCGACCCGACAUCGAUGGAGUAACCGGGAAAGAAUUCAACCGGCUCAAUUCCUCCGACCCAAACUCACCCCAAAUUCACGUCUCAGAUGGUGCGGUUUUUAUUGACUCGGACCCGGGUCAUUCAAUUCAAGCCAUCACUGAACAGAUAUUCGGGUCGACCCAAGUAACUGACCCAGCCCCCAUGAAUGGGUUCGCCCAACAAGCUAAUUCAAUGUCGCCCCACAUGCCGGAAAACGUAAUGAGCGGUUUUAAGCCGGAGCUUGUUCCGGUUUACACCGAGUUAGCAAAUGAGUUCGCCGUGAUGGACCGGUGGUUCGCUUCAGUUCCAGCGUCGACUCAGCCAAAUCGUUUCUAUGUCCACUCAGCUACCUCACAUGGGGCGUCAAGCAAUGUAAGGAAAGAUCUAAUUCAUGGGUUUCCUCAAAAAACAAUCUUUGACUCACUUGAUGAAAAUGGGCUUAGUUUUGGGAUUUAUUACCAGAAUAUCCCUGCAACCAUGUUUUUCAAGAGUUUAAGGAGAGUUAAGCAUGUAACUAAGUUUCAUAGCUAUACUUUGAAGUUUAAAUUGCAUGCUAAACUUGGUAAAUUGCCUAAUUAUGUGGUGAUUGAGCAAAGGUACUUUGAUAAGAAUUUGUUUCCUGCUAAUGAUGAUCAUCCAUCACAUGACGUGGCGGAAGGACAGAGGUUUGUGAAGGAGGUGUAUGAGACACUGAGGGCUAGCCCACAGUGGAAAGAAAUGGCUUUGUUGAUAACUUAUGAUGAACAUGGUGGGUUUUAUGAUCAUGUUCCUACCCCUGUUUCUGGGGUUCCUAGCCCUGAUGGAAUCGUUGGACCCUUCCCGUUUUACUUUCGGUUUGAUCGGUUGGGAGUUCGGGUUCCGACUUUGCUUAUUUCGCCUUGGAUUGAUAAGGGCACUGUGAUCGGCAAGCCAGAUGGACCUACACCAACCUCACAAUUUGAACAUUCCUCCAUUCCUGCUACUGUAAAGAGACUUUUCAACUUAAAAUCUGACUACCUUACUAAACGAGAUGCCUGGGCUGGAAGCUUUGAGAAGUACUUCUACUUGCGUGACACUCCACGUGAAGAUUGUCCAGAGAAACUGCCAGAGGUCAAGAGAUCACUAAGGCCAUUUGGACCAAGAGAAGAUGCAAAACUUUCAGAAUUUCAAAUAGAAAUGGUACAACUUGCUUCACAACUUAAUGGUGACCAUGUUCUUAAUACUUACCCGGACAUUGGCAAAAACAUGACGGUGAACGAAGCCAAUCAGUAUGCAGAGGAUGCAGUACAUCGGUUUCUAGAAGCUGGGAAAGCAGCUAUUAGAGCCGGAGCUGAUAAAUCUACUAUAGUGACAAUGAGACCAUCUCUUACAAGUCGGACUUCUGGUGGUAUCCACAGCAGCUAUCUAUAAACCCAUUGUUUCUUUAAAGUGCACUUUGUAUAUAUACGUAGUAUCAAACCGUCAAUUAAUUGUUCUUAUUCAGUUGCCUUUGCUACGAAGCUGAAAAAUCGUGUUCAGUAGGAAAAGAGCAUUGAAGAUUAUUACCCUGUACAUAUUACAUCAUAUUGAAACAAUCUUCCUGUCUCUGAGAGAGUGGAACACACAUGCUCCAGAGUUCAGAGGCAGUAAAUCUGUUGUGAUUUGUCUAUAGUAUAUGAGAUUGAGAUUUCAAGCUUUAUAAGGUAUGUUUCUCUUUCCAUCA